CUUUAAGAAGAAGUUUGGCUGUGUGUGAAGUUCAAGUUGGGGUCACAUGAAGUUCCUGCCCUGGAUUUUACCUUGCAGAUUAUUAUAGCUCCGCGUCACAUGGGCGCUAACAGGCUCCGCGCGCACACACAGCGCUUUAUCCGCCCAACGGGACAGCCGAGCGCUCCCAAUCGCUCACAUUAAAUCACACCAAAGUCAUCUGGGGCCCAAAGAGCAGAACAAGAAGCGCUCGCUGCCGCUCAUUCCUCAUCACCGGGCGGGGAGCAAACGGGGUGCCGGGGGCUGGAGGAGCUGACAUGCUGCUUGUCUGCCUCACACUUUGCGUCUGACGCGCUCGCACAGCUGGGGAUGGUCACUCACUCAGACAUCAGCUGCUUGGGCACCAAUGGGCAUCCAGGUGGCCAACUGAACACGAUGCUGGACGCUAUGGAGGUUCCAAGCCACUCGAGGCAACUUCUUCUGCAGCUCAAUAGCCAACGGACUAAAGGUUUCCUGUGCGAUGUGAUCAUUGUGGUACAGAACGCGCUGUUUCGGGCCCACAAGAACGUUUUAGCUGCUAGUAGCGUCUACUUGAAGUCCCUGGUCGUUCACGACAACCUGAUCAACCUGGACCACGAGAUGGUGAGUCCCACCACAUUCAGAAUCAUCCUGGACUAUAUCUACACGGGGAGGCUGGGGGACGCCGAGCUGAGCUCCGAGCAGCUGUUUGGGUCGGUUCUGGCGGCGGCCAGUUACCUGCAGAUCACAGACCUGGUGUCGCUGUGCAAGAAGAAGCUGAAGAGGAAUGGCAAAUACUGUCACGUGAGGACAACGGGUUACCCACCGUACGGGAGUCUGGGAAGGGGACAAAAGGCCAGCACCCCGGUCAUUCAGUCGUGUUUCAGCUCAAGCUCGAGGCCAGUAGACCUGCAGCCAGUGGAGCCGGUGAAUACUCACUGCGCAGAACUCUAUGCUCAGGGCAACCAGCUGCACCAGCACGGCCUGUGCCCCCCUGAGAGGCGCUGCUCUCCUCUGUGUGGCCUCGACCUCUCCAAGAAAAGUCCCCCUAGAUCUUCCGCUCAGCUCCUGUCAGACGGACUGGCCGCAGGGGGGGACAGCAGGGAGCCCGCAGUACCCGGGAGACAAGACAGUCCGCCUGUAAGUGCCAGUCUUCUCGCCAACCACAGCGACUCGUACAAAGAGCCCCCACACCCCUACCAGAGACUGAACAGCAACGAGGCACCAGCCCCCCACUCUGAGUCGUACAGAAACACGGAUCACCCCAGCAGGACAGAGAGUCAACAGGAGCUGAUGUUCAGGUGGAUGAAGCACGAGCCUCUGGCCAGUUAUGUGGAUGAAAGUGACAGAGAGAAGGAUCUAGACCGAGAAGAUAAAGGCGAGAGCUCCCCAUUAUCCCAGCAGCCCAGGUACCCCAGCAUUGAGAGCAAUGAGCCGGACGAUGAUAAAAGCACCAGUGAAGACACUGGAAGCAGCGAGGACCCAUCUCCUUCUGCCAAUCUGGACAGAUAUCACUGCAACCAUCUGGGCUACGAACCUGAGAGCUUUGGCGACAACCUGUACGUGUGUAUCCCCUGCGGCAAGGGCUUCCCCAGCUCCGAGCAGCUCAACGCCCACGUGGAAGCCCACAACGAGGAGGAGUUGUACCACAAGGAGAGCCUGGAGCCCCCAGUCCAAUUUCUAGACAAAUCCAACCAGGGACUGGGCGACAUUAUCCGACCCUACCGCUGCUCCUCCUGCGACAAGUCGUACAAGGAUCCUGCCACCCUGCGACAGCAUGAGAAAACCCACUGGCUCACAAGACCAUAUCCCUGCAGCAUCUGCGGCAAGAAGUUCACCCAGAGAGGGACAAUGACCCGGCACAUGAGGAGUCACCUCGGGCUCAAACCCUUCGCCUGCGACGCGUGCGGCAUGCGAUUUACUCGCCAGUAUCGUCUGACUGAGCACAUGCGCAUUCACUCGGGGGAGAAACCUUAUGAGUGCCAGGUGUGCGGGGGCAAGUUCGCCCAACAGAGGAACCUGAUCAGCCACAUGAAGAUGCACACCACUGGCCCUGAUGGGAAGCCCAAGCUGGACUUUAGCGAGAGUGUCUAUGCUAUGGCCAAAUUCACUGCAGAUCACCUGGGCUUGAAGCAGGAGAAAGCAGCUGAGAUUCUUUCCCAAACCUCACACUUCCUCAAUGACCCCAAAACCAUAGAGAGCUUGUACCCCCUGGCCAAAUUCACAGCAGAGCAUUUGGGACUCACCCAUGAGAAGGCAGCAGAGGUCCUUGGUCCGAUUCCACAUCUGGGCAGCGAUAGUCGCAUCAUUGAGAGGUUCUCUUCUCCAUAACAGAACCCUGAGCUCACAGGGCCUGACAGUCAGCAAAGUGGCAAUACAUAGACUCACAGACAAGCCCUAUCACUGCCAAAGACCAGGCUCCCUUUGCAAAUAGACUGUAGAACUUGAGGGGCCACUCCUGAGAAGCACAUGGCUCUGCUGCACCACAAGUGAGUCUCAUACAGAUGAUUCCCUCCACCAUGAACUCAACCUUUUCUUUGCUGAAAGGCAUUGGAUCGAGUUGCUGCUUUAUGUGCCAAACGUGCCAUAGAAGGACAUUUAUUUAGGUAAAUAUUUUGUGUGUGGACAGAAAGAUGCAGAAAUCAGUAUUGACCAAAUGUGACUAUGGAACAUGGCAUGCCCUGAUACAUGAGCCCAGAGCAUGGCACAGGUGGAAUUCAUUUUACUGUUCUUAUAGUAACCGCAUGGAUCCCACCAGGGUAACCUCCCCACCAAACGCUUCACCCCAAUGAUGCCAAAGAAAUAAUAUACCCACCCAACAUAUUCCCAGAUGCAACAUGAGCAUGUGUGCCCAGUGCAAGCUCUUGGGUCAAUAGAAGGACAAGCACAGAGAUGGGUGAGCCUAUAAGUGGGAGAACUGUGGUGUGGAUGGGUGGGUGUCCCCAGGAACAAGGAGAUUCCCUUCUAAAGAAAAGUGACUAUUAGGCCACCAUAUCCCAUGUAUUAGUUGCCACUGUUGAAAGGCUCAGGGCAUGCACACUAUCUGUUUGGGAAUGCUGAUUACUGAUAUGUGUUCUAUUGCUAUUAUCUUACCAGCCAGUUUGUAUUAUAUUGUAUUGGGGGGGGGGGUACCUUCUGUGAAUCUGGUUAGUGCCUUAAUAAACCACAGAGCUGGGCUUUGCAGGGCUGAAUUAACCCCUUGCCCUCUGCAUGUACAGCAAGGGGUUACAUAGACCCUGCUGGGCUCACAGUUCUUUGCAAUAAGCUCAGGUUUCAGCGAGCAGAUGCUGAGCAUUUCCUGUGUAUAAUAUGCAAUUCCCUAUUGCCUUAAUGCCCCCAAGCACACAGAAGGUAACUUAGUUAAGCCAAAGCAAACAUUCUUUUUUUAAACCUCACUAUGUGGGGUCCCCCCCCCCACAAGUACCUAGCCCAGGGGGGUUCAGCUUGUCAUUCACAGAGGAGCAACUGCUGGGAAGUCACAGGCUGAAGCCCCUGCCCUUUGCCAAUGGUACAAUGUAAUGGUGUAAAGUGCCUUGUUAUAUGCUGGAUGAACUGUUUUACCUGCCCCUGUCCUGCACUGAUAAACAUAGGUAGGCCUGGCAAAGGGUGAGUUAAACAAGGACAAACCUGUUACCCCAAAGCCUGCAGUAAAAGAGUAUCUGGAAGAACCCCAUCCAAAGCUCUAAGCUGACAGUAAAUCAGGUUCUCAGUUAGAUUUGGAGCUACAGGGUUUGUCAGCUUUAAAUUGUGGUUUUGUAUUUUAUCGCUUGGCUUCUUUCCUUCAUCUGUCCCUGGUGGGUCGGCGACACUUUCUGGUUCUGUUAUUGUGCAGUGAGGUGUGUGUGUCUUAUUUUUAAUAACACCCCCAUUCCUCAUACCCAUUUCACAACCAGGGCAAGUGUCUCCAGGCAGCAGGGAAUGAGCCAGUUCUGUAAGUAACCUUUCUUUAAAGGGGGCAAUGUCAGAUCUCUUUAGCAUAUGACUUAGUAGGGGCUCAGCUCUCUGUGUGCCCCGCUAUGCCUGGUGAAUGGAAUCACAUCUCUGAAUAAAUUGUCCUGAUUCCCUAUGGAUAAAACAUUUACACAAAUCUGGAUUCUACUGGCGUCCCCUCUGGUAGUGAUUAGUUUAACCCAAGCUGAGUUUAUGUGCCUACCCCAUAUCUUAUUGAUUUAAUUGUGUCUGCUCAGGGGGAGCAUCAGCAAUUGCACUAGAAGGAUCAGGAUGACAUUGAGCAUGAGAAAGACCCUUUUUACCCACAUUCCUAGAGACACAGAUGAUUGAUUCGCUUUGUACUGUGAUUUACAGAACUGAUAUCUUAUUGGCACCAGAUUCAUUAAUGGACACUGGUUUUACUCUGCUUAUUUCAGAGACAAGUGUUUGUGGGGUGGGAGGUAAGGAUUUUUUUUUUUUAAAGUUUUUUUGACGACCUUUUGUUGAGGGAGUGGUAGGGACUGGGUUAAAUACAAACCAUGUUAUACAAUGUUUAUCUGCAAAGGGUAUAUUGAAUGGAAUGUGCUCCACCUUUAAGUUAACUUUAAGUAUGUUAUAGAAUGGUUCAUUCUAAGUAACUUUUCAAUUGGUUGUCAUUUUUUUUAAUAGUUUUUUUAAUUAUUUGCCUUUUUCUGACUCUC